AUGACAGUAACUUCGGAAACUAAAGAGGACUAUGACCUCCAGGAAGCAUGGGCUGGCGUCUGUUCCACCUUUGCGAAGACCACCAAGGUCGACCUUACCGCCACGCCCCAAUACAGCGUUGAAGAGGUUCUUGAGCAGAUCCGCACCCGUCAAGAUGAGGACAAUGAGAAAGACAAGAAAUACAAAGAGGUGAAGAAUGUCAUCAGCAAGACGAUUACUUUCAUUGGGCUAUUGGGAGGAAUAGUCGCGCAGGGCGCCAGCAUGGUCUUUGCGCCGAGUAGUCUCUGCUUCAAUGCCCUUUCUUACCUGGUCAGCACCGGGGCGAAAUACAAGCGGAUCUUCAGCAGCCUCGCCGAACUGUUUCAAAAGAUCAGUGACGUUUUGGAUCGCUUGCAGAUUUACAUGAGUUUGCCGAAGAAGUCGGUGGAUAUCGCCCUUCGAAAGAUUCUCAAUGAGCAGCUCUUGUGUUUCGUUGAUAUCUGCGCGCUAUCUAUCAAAAUUCUACAAGGUCAUAAAGUCCUCAUCGCCAUCAAGGUAUUUGCUUUUAGUGGUGAUGAAGGGGUUAGCUGUCAAUUGGCUCGUCUGGAGACCUUGGUGGAGCAAGAGUCCCAGAUGCGCGCGACUCUGCAAUUUGCAUCACAAAAAGAAAGUGAACAGAAGAUUGUUGAGAGCAUGGAGAGAACCAAAACAAUCGACACUGCGGUAAAUAAGCUUCUCGAUGCCGACCGCAAGAGAGAUGCGUACGUUCAGGCAACUACAACUCUGAAUGAUCUCGAUAUUGCCCUCGACAAGCCAAGUGAGAGUUGGGAGAUGAACCAGGCGAGACUCAAAGGUCUCAUGAAUGAGAAAAUACCAGGAACUGGAGAAUGGGCUACAGAAGAUUCUACUUACAAGUCGUGGGUGAUGAUGGAACAGGGCUCCUGUUCGGUACUUGGCAUUGCAGGGAACGAAGGAUGCGGCAAGUCAUUCCUUCUAGCGAGCAUCAUUCAGAAUUUGAGGGAAAAUCACUCGAAGAAGGAGGGAAGCCUCACACUCUCCUCGAUUGCCUAUUAUUUCUUUGGUCAAGACCCCGAGCGCAAUACCCUGGCGCAGGCUCUGAAGGUUCUUGCCUGGCAGAUCGCAAAGUCGAAUAUCGUGUACUGCAAAGACCUGAGUACUAUCGAAAUGCCUCCUGGCAAUGAUAUUGAAAUGCUAUGGAGAAGUCUAUUCGCAAAGUCAUACAAGAAUGACUCAAGCUUCUUUCUGUUGCUAGAUGGACUUGAACAAGUCUCCAAAGACGAGAUAAGACAGUUCAUUCGUCUAUUAGUUGAUUUGACUACUAUUUCCAAGAAUUGGGGAAAAUUAAAACUCCAUAUCCUCUUAUCCGGUCAGGAGGAAGUCCUGAACAGGGUUAUGAGCCAUCUUGGUGGAGAAGCCGCUGUCAUCAAUCUAACUCUCAAAAACGGCGAUGACCUACAGAAGUUUAUCGAGAGCCGUAUGGACCGGAUGGAAAUUUUAAGUGGUUCAUCAGAGGCAGUCGUUGCCCUGCGCUGCGAAGUGCUUGAAAGCUUCAGAACAUUCACCAAGGGUGACUUUGUUACUGCUGGCUUGCUGUUGGAUGAAAUAAGUAAAAAGCAACGUCCAAGCGAGAUUCGAAGCCUCUUGGCUCAUUCCGGAGACAACCGCAAAGACAUAAUGGAUAGGAAGAUCGAACAGCUGAACAAUACACUGAGUGAGGAUGAUAUCACUGAUCUCAAUGCGCUUCUAACAUGGCUGAUAUUCGCCGCGGCACCGCUUACUCUCGGAGAGCUUGAAGAGGUACUGCUUCUCAAGAACGAUGAGCGUUCUUUGAGGCCGCUAGCGAAGGCUAUUCUCGACCAAUACUCGUCUCUUCUUCGGAUCGAAGGUAAACCCAAGGGGGCCGGCGAGAAUUUCCCCUUGGACUCACGCGUUCUUUUGGUUUCGGAAUCGGUCAAAAAUCUGCUCAUAGGGACAGCGGGAAGCAAAGAAAGCGCAGACUUCAAAAAUGAGAAGGCCUCCAAAACGGUCAACGAAAGCGAAGUUCGGAUUGUGCGUCGGUUCUUGGAAUCCGUAUGUGAUGACAACCUCUUUCAGAGAUUUGGCUUUGAUGAUUUCUUUACGACAAGGCUGGAUAACAACCGCACUAGGCUCUUUGUCGAUAAAGAAAAUGCCCAUGUUCAGAUUCUGAAGAUUUGUCUUGAGGUCCUCUCGUCUUCAUCUUAUUCGUCCGAAAUACAACUCUUGCGGGCUUAUACCACCAAAUUCUUUCCCUAUCACCUCGAGCAGAUUGAUCUAUCACUGGUUCAUCCGAAGGACAAAACAGCUCUCGGUUCCAACCUGGUGGCAUUGUUUUAUGAUCCCGAGAUCAUCGAACGAUGGUGGAUGGGCAACGGUCUUGCUGUCGCCAAGCAGCGAGAGAUCUGGUUUUACAAGGAUAAACACACCGAUAUUGUCAUCAAAUGGCUACAGGACUCGGCUGUCACCAAAAACAUUACUGACACCCAGCUCCGGUGGGUUCGUAGUGUGGUUUCAAAAUCUGAACCCGAUGCCGACAUUCUCGAGCGCAUAGCUCAGCACAUGGCCCAUUUAUGGCUCACAAGAACCGAACCAGGGAUUAUCGCUACAUGGUAUUUCCCCCCAGUUUACGGGUGCUUUACGAAGAUUGAACAUCGGAAAGAUCCAAGCAAGAGGAGACCUAUCAGAGACCCUGGCACUGACGACCUUAAACCCUCACAAAUCUUGGCAACGGCCAAUUGGGUUGUUCGCAGGUUCAAUGAUCGGGAAAGCCUGGAGCCACGAGAAAUCUAUAGCGUGGCGACAUCAUUAGUUGCGUAUGAAAAGUACGAUGAAUCUAUUGAACAGCUGAAGCUUGCGGCCUCCCUAAUGUCCGACAACUGGGAGGUAGAAUGGGACUUGGCCAAAGCAUUUGCAAUGAAGAAAGAACAUGCACGCGCCAUACAGAUUUUAGAGGCAAUGAUUGAGAGGGUGGAGAAAGAUAACCAAUCGCCUAAGGGCAAUACAGUGCAAUUGGAAUGCAUCAAGGAGGAUCUGGCCUCAUGGUAUGAGGAGACUGGUCACGAAGAUCAAGCCCUCGCCAUUUACGAGGGCCUUUUUGGAGAAGUUCCGGGUGAUUACCAUUGGGUCGCCUGCAUUCUGGCAAGCAUGAGCAAGAAAAGCGAUUCCGAAAGUACGCUGCGCUUUCUACAAUUACUGAAAGAGUCGUUGGAUGAGCAUACGGGCCUCGAUCGGCUAACAUCUUGUUUUCUGCGUCUCUGCGAGAGUGAAAAGUUUAAUGACGCACUUCUCACUAUGGCAUUCAACGGUACCUUACUUGAUUUCGUCCUUGCGGGUUACCAGACGGCUAUUGCUACAGCGGAGACCCAGUUCGUUGAAGCAAGCACUCGGACUGACAAGAACAAGGAGUGGGAGAUGCUUGCUGCCCUGUGCACAAAGGCCUUGCUGGUUUACCGGCAUGCAGGCCAUCGCUACAUGCAUCUUUCCCACAAUACCCAGGACCGAAUCCAUGCCAUCGAAGAGUGGGAGAGCAUCUUCGAUAUGGAAGAGAGGUGUCCAAUCGAUAAUUUUGAAUGGGUUUUGAUUAUGGUAAGGGAGAAACUCGCAAGCAUUUAUUUUAUUGAGGCGCAGAACGACGUGGAGAGAUCUGCAUCUUAUAUCGUAAAGCUGGAGCAGCUUGCACAGGCGAACGUGUCCAAAGAUCUAACCAAUGGGUUGAAAAGAGACGCGGCCCAUCUGCUCGCACAGUAUCACAUCCUGCAUGGAGAUGUGGAUAAAGCCAAGACCGCACUAAGUGCCUACCUCAAAGUCGACCUUGAUAUCCUCUGCGACGACGAUCCACUCAACGACUGGGAAGGUUACAAGUGUCUCGAGGCUCACUUCCGGGCGGUCGGUAUGUUGGAUGAGACUAUUGCAGCUUGGUCCUUAAUUACCCCGCAUCCAGACUACAGCAAUGACCCCGGGAGGCCAAAAGGUCCUGUGAGUUAUGUAUGCGAUGGGAAAUGCGGGACAGAGUGGACUUACGCGGAUGAUUUCUAUUUAUGUAUGAUAUGCAAAAUUUGUCAGUUCGACCAAGCCUGCUUGGAUCGACUACGUUUCGGGACGCUUGAGGUGGCUGGCUGCAGCAAAGAGCACCAGAUGCUGCAUAUUCCGCCGUAUGAUCCUGUGGAACGCGCGACGGUUGGCGAGGGCAACGUCCGGGUGGGGAAAGAGAUCAUCAGCGUGCAGGCAUGGAUCCAGCGAAUCAGGCAGGACUGGGGUCUUGAGAUGUAA